UGUUGUUGUCCAUUGACUUUUAUUGUUGAAAUUGUAUUUAGAAAAUGCUCACAAGCAUUUCAUUGUUGAUUCCAUGCAUUCAAUUAAAGCAAAUUCUUUACUUCCGUACACAUUCAAUAUCCCUCCUAGUAACACUGGAUUGGAUAUUCUUGGUCCACCUUAUGAUAGCAUUUUUGUCGAUCUGAAUUAUCCCGCUACUGGCGUCUAUCUCACCAAUUGGACUGUUUUGAUGAAUCUUGUGCACAGUCAGGACUAUUAUGGAGCGGCAACGGUGUACUUCCAAUACGAUCAACCCUAUGAUACCUAUGAAUCGGUGUAUGAGCAUCCACUCCGGGAAAUGACUGCGCGAUAAAAUGAUGUCGAAAUGUUUCAACGCUACAACCUGCC